AUGGCAGCGGAUAGCGAUGGGUUAGGCACGGCUGGCGGCGGAUCGUGCGGCGUGGUUGUUACCUGUGAGGGGGAUCUCCGUGAUCCGCGCUUCCCCGCCCGCCUCCGCCGCCUGCUGCGAGAUCUGCGCGUCCUGUUAGCGGAGCCCCAUCCGCACACGCUCAAAGUCAACAAGGUGGAGCCGUGGAACUCUGUCCGUGUGACGCUGUCGGUGCCCCGCGCUGCCGCAGCCCGGCUUAGGGCUCUGGCCGCAGCGGGGGCGCCACAGCUUAGGGCUCUGGGUAUACUCUCGGUGCAGUUGGACGGGGAUGCUGCUGUGUCGCUUAGGCUACAACACGGCGCUGAACUGAGGAUCAAUACGGAUGCUGAUGAAGCGAGCACAUCCCGUCAGUCUACAGAAUUGCUGGCUGGUCUAGGAGGAAUCGGUCGUCUGAUAUCAGAUGAGGGGGCUUCAACCAGCUCGGAACCGGUUCAGAACUUCAAAUCACCGAACACAGUCUGCCCCAUGGAUGGUAAAAUACCACAGAACAUUCCCACACCCACCACAGACAGAUGUGAAUACCCCUUCGGCAGUAUGACUCAAGCCAGGGUUAUACAUAGGAAGGAGAACACUUUAGGUAUAGGUCCAACCUUAAGGCCGUCUUCAGCGGAGCCCCAGUUCCCCCGGCCGUCGACCUCGUUCACAGGCCCCCCUCCCCCGUACCCCGCGCCCACCACGCCGGGGCCCCCGCAGUCCCCCACCCCCACAGUGGCUAUGUCCUCCCCACUACUGGUCAAUCUACUACAGAACGACGCACCAGCGCCACAACCUAGAAGUAAAGCGAAUCCAGCCAAACUGGAUAGAUUGGAGGAUUCACAGGUGGAGCUGGCUGUUGGUCGAGCUCCAUUUGAAUAUCGCGGCGGAAGGCCGACGACUCCUCGUCCUACAACCCCUACACCACCGUCACCACGGCCGCCGAGACCGAUGGUGCGAAGGGCCUUCCCUCCACGGCCGGCCCCCCCUACUCAAUACAGACCUCCAAAUACGACGGUCGUUGGUAGGACGAGGUUCCCAACGCCGUACGACACGUUCCCAGCGCCUCCGCCCCCGCCCUACCGGCAACAGGUGCCGAGGCCUAGGCCUCCGCCCCCGAGAGUUACGCCGGAAGACCUCCAAGCUCUCCUGCCGCCCUCAACAACGUCGAUGGAUCAGAAAACGCAGUCUAGUUUUCAGGAGUUCCAACGCUACCAGCAGCAAUAUAACGCUCGCCAGCGAGCGGCGUCACGUGCCGCGUCCCAGCCUGAUUGGAACGAGCCCUACCGGGACACGCUAGGGCUGUCCAUCCCCGACCUACCUGAUAACUGUGAUCUCGACCAGCUGCUGCCAACCCUGGACCUCAAUCUGGACGACACCGCCCUCUCCGCCAUAUCGGACCUCGACGCUAACACUAAGCUAGACCUCCUUUAUGAUCAACAAGAUUCUAUGCCCAACUCGGAAUCGACCCCCGAUUCCUUGCUCCAGGAGAUCACAGGAGUUCAAUACCCCGCCCCGACCCUCAACGGACCCUACAGUGAUGCGACUCCCACCACGAGUCAGAUGAAUAGUGAUGUGCCUUCAAAAUCAUCGGAUUCGUUCGAUGGUAACACUGAGACGGCGUUCAUGCCGCCUCCUCCGCCCGUGCCUCAACAGUCGACUUCGAAGUUUGUGAAUUCACCGAAUCAUACGGUGACCCAUCCACCCUUCAAGUCGCCGCCUAACGCUACGUACACACCUAACGAGAGAAUGGAUAGGAACACGAACCAGUCGGCGUCGAUGCCUCCACCUAUGAGACUGCCUAUAAGAGCUAUGACGUCUGUGUCCACAGCGACAGUCGGCUCACAAGCGACCGCCCAAGAAAUAGAGGAGCAAAGCAAACAGUACCUGAUAAAAACCCUCAUGAGGGACGACGAAACACCACCACCUAAAGAUACGGUCAAAAAGAGCGAAGAGGUGACAGUGGCUCAGGUCAAAGUUAAAGAAAAUUGGACGGAACCGACUACAGAACUGUUUGGUAUGGGAAAAACAACAGAGGAUGAUAGUAAGAAGGAUGAGGAGCUUAAAUCGAAGAAUAAGAUAAUCAAGAAGGAAAAAGAUGAUAAGUUGGUGCCCAAGGGAGGUAAGCUGAGGACCGGCGGCGCGAAAGAAAAACCGGCGAUACUGAAAGAAAAGAUAGUUAGGGAUGGGAAAUGUAAUAAGGUGGCCUUUCCACGACCCGUAGUUGUAAAACACAACACAGACGGACCUAAGUCACCGUCGGGAGAGAAGGAGUCUCUGAAACUGAGGUUAAAACUCGACAAAAAUGAACCCAUCGUCCAACCCGUGUACAAAUCAGACGUCAGUUUCAAUAACCAGCAAGUUAAAGGCGAGAAAUCAAUGGAAGGCGAGCCCAGGGUACCGCCGUUACAUAUAAGCCUCAGAGGUCCAAAUUCUGCGGUGAUAAAGAACUCCAAAAAGGAAAAGAAAAAACUAUGUCCAGAGUUCCUCCAUUCGAAGAAAAUCAAAAUACGAAAAUCCUUGGAUACAGAUGAAAAAUCUCACAGACGAGACUCCCAGGAGUCAUUAGCGUCUAAGUCAGAUAGUACUGAAAACUCAAAGACUGAUGAGUAUUUACAUGUUAAGAACAUGAAACUGAAUAAUCAUUUUAGUGAAGGGGAUGCAAUGAAAACAGAAGUCACGGGUGGCAACAAUGUAUAUAGAAUGAAGACGAUAUCCAAGAACGCCCACAUCGUGACAAAAUCCCACGACUACACCAUACUCACUAAAGUACAGUCACUAGACAAUAUGAAACUAAAGAAGAAGUCGAAAAUGUUGAGCGAAGGGAAAUCUAUAGAGAAAGAGAGGGACAAAGAAUGGAAGAACGAUUUAUUGGACAAAGAGGGUAAAUACGCUCAGAACGAAGGUUACAGAGAGACACAGAACAAUCACGAUGUGAAAAAGAAGUUACCCACAACUAAAGUUGAGAAGGAUUUAGUGAAAUGUGAUAUAAAGUCCAGUGAUGUUAAAAUAGAUGACUACGGAGACAUUAAAACUGGUGCUAGUGAGUUGGAAGGCAGGUUGUUAAAGUGUCAUAAGAGUGAACGGACUGUGAGUGUUGACGAGGAGGGCAAGUUUGAUCGUGACGAGAACAAGUUGAAACGGACACUCACCGAGAGUGCUAUAACAUCUCCUAAUGGAUUGAUCUCGGAGAAGAAAAGGAAAACAAGCCAUACAUCCUGCCCAGAUGCCCCUGGAUCGACAAACAUAGGCACGAUAGGAGGCAGUCGGGAAUCAUCACCGCCCGCCUCUAGUCAACGGCCCGGUGCGGUCUCCCCUCGCAGGAAGGAGAGGCCCAAGGACAAAACGUACUGCAAACUAGUAGCCGAGAGGUCCUCGAGGCCCGACGCUGACAAGUUUAACAACCGGUCGCCGAACUCGCAGGCCCAAGGCGAGGACUCGGGCAUCGAGUCGAUGGACGCCCUAUCAGAGAAAUCCCCAAACCAGGCGAGUCAAUCCCCACCCGGGCCGCAGAGAAAGGAACGCCUGGACAUGCCAAGAUCGACCAGUCCCACCUCCGUGCAGAGGAUAAUAGGGGUCAUAGACCAACCGCCCGCCACAGACGAUCUGCUGGAGAGGCUGUCACUAGCGACGGGCCCGACACACUACGACCCCGGACCACCGGACAUAGACGACAUGGGGGACAUUGAGGCCGAGCUGGCGAAGAUGCACGCGGACCAUGUAAACGGAGACGACGCUCCCAGGAGGCCGCCCCAGGACGACGAGAUAACCAAAGAAGUGAAGAGGGAACCCACGCCCAUACUCAGGGACGAUGAGAAAACGAAACAGAGCAUAGACAGGGUUGAUGUGAAAGACGAAGCAACAGUCGAUUCCAAGGCGACGGAUCCUGACGGCGGCGGAGACUCCACUAGUGACCAAAAAGUUGAGGUGCGUACGGAAGAAACGACGACCUCGCCCAAGAAAGAGAAGGGGCUUGAAGACUUCGAUCACUUACCGAGUAGAGUCUCGCCGCCGCUGUACACGUAUUCAAAUCAAGAGAAAGCGUGUACAAAUGAUUCCUCGGAAGUGAAAGAGGAGAAGUCUAGUGAAGUAUCGGAGAACGGUGAGAGGAAAAGCGUGGAGUCGGAAGUGAAAGAAAAGCAGGAGCUGCAAAUCGAGAGGUUUCCCCUCCAGGCUGAAUUUCCAGAUAAGAGCUUAUUAGAACAAUUACUAAUAGAAAUACCUACGCCCGAUUACGUCGGGAAGAGGCCGGAGUCACCGUCCCCGCUGUUGGAGAGGGUCGCGAGGAGCAGCGUGCGGACGAGGUCCAGUAGUAAAAUGAACAGUCCCGCCGACGGACCUAAGACGCCACGGCUGAGUCCCGGGCUCAUCAAACUAGAAAGGUCGGAUUCACCGGCGCUGCAGCCUAGGAACUGUCUCCGCAGUGGCUCAGUGGACAAAACCAGCCCUAGGACCGCGAACGCAGUGGGAGUACCAGCGAAACCAGCGCCCGCUGUGAAACGGAAGAGAAGGGAAUCUGAGAGUUCGUGCGCCUCCACCAUCAGCUGUGAGGAGGGCGUCUCACCGGGACGACUGAAGAAAAAACCUCGAAGGGUCGACCAGAAACCGAUGAACCCUGCCGCCAUAGGAGGGAAAGGGAAGAAGGAGUCUGACAGCGAUAGUGACGAGCCCUUAAUAUGUAAAGUACGCGGGAAGGGCAUUAAAGCAGUGAAGCCAGGGGUCAAGGUGCCCAAGAGUGGUGUAGUGGGCGCCGAGGGUGUGGGCACCAGGCGGUCCGUGAGGCACGGGCCGGCGCCCGCCCCGCCCACACCAGCGCCACCUAACAGUACACCCGUCAGGCGGAAAACUAGGAGUGCAGGUGAGUAG